AUGCGGUUCGGGCGGAAGAAGAGGAGUCGCGAGAAGCGGGAUGCCAGCAAGUUCAUGGGCGUGCUCAAGGGCGAGUUCGGCAAGCUCUGCGGGAGGGUCUCGGAGUGGACGGGGUUCAUCCGCAACGAAAAGGAGGACUCCCUGCGGAGCCUGUUCAAGAAGUACGACCGCGACAACAGCGGCGCGAUCGAGAUCUCGGAGCUGCGCGUGCUGCUCUGCGAGCUGUUCGGCUGGGACGAGGACGACGUCUCGCUCGAGGAGCACGACGUGCUGAAGGAGUUUGUCGCCGCCAACGACCUGAACUCGAACGGGCAGCUCGAGUUCGCGGAGUUCGUGCGGCUCAUCCUGUCGGAGGACGCUCAGUCGUGGGAGGGGGGCGUGAAGCAGACGUUUCAGUCGAUCGACACCAAUGGCAACGGGUACAUCGAGGAGGAGGAGUUCAUGGCCAAGUUGACGGGGCUCGGGGCGGCGCCCGAGGACGUCCGCGCGGCGCUGGAAGGCAUCGACAAGGACAACGACGGGCGCAUCUCGUACGUGGAGUUCCUCGCGGCGUCGCGGCUCGGGAACCUCAGCCCGCACGCGCGCCUGCUGUCGCUGCUGCGCGAGGGCGCGACGGGCGGCAGCGUGCACGGCGCGAUGAAGGCCAAGAGCCCGGACGAGCGGGCGUGGGCGCGGCUCGACUUCGACAAACGCCUGCGCCUCGAGCACGUGUUCAGCAUCUUUGAUGCCAAUGGGUCGGGCCAGGUGGACGCGGGCGAGGUGAAGCGGCUGCUGCGCGUGAUGGGCCUGAACCCGUCCUCCGCGGACGCCGAGGCCUACCUGCGUGAGUGCGACCUCGACGCCUCCGGGGGACUCUCGAAGAAGGAGUUCGCGCUCCUGCUGCAGCUCGCCGAGGCCCGGCGCAACCCCGAGACGGAGAAGGAGCUCGUGCUGCGGGCGCUCAAGGCGUUCGACCGGAACGGCGACGGCCGCGUGGACGCUGCGGACAUGCGUGCUGUCCUGACGAAGAAGCGCAGCCCCGACAGCUUGACGGACGAGGAGGCGGACCGGAUCUUGGACCGGCUCGACAGGAGCGGGGACGGGACGAUCGACGCCGUCGAGCUGUCGCGGUUCCUGCUCGGGACCAAUGUGUUUGCGUAA